CCGAUAGUUGCAAUUAUGACAACAGGGGGCAGUAUGCGAUCACUGACUGCAUGCUUUGGAAGUCUCCGAGGUCUUCAGAAGCUCAAUCUCCUAGACUGUGCUACAUACAUGAGUGGAUUGUCGGGCACAACCUGGACCAUGGCAAAGUUGUACAAAGAUGCACAAUGGUCAAGAAAGAAUCUAGAUGAACAUAUCAAUGAGGCUAAACGACAUGUAACUAAGAGCAAACUGAAUGGUUUUUCCAUGGAGCGUUUGAAAUAUUACAACAGGCAAUUGCGACAUCGGAAAGAAGAAGGACAAAAAACAUCGUACAUAGAUUUGUGGGGUCUCCUUAUUGAAUAUAUGUUGAAUGAUGGGAAAGACAGCCAUAAACUUUCUGAUCAGCAACAAGCAGUGAAUGAGGGGCAGAAUCCUUUCCCUAUUUACACUGCCAUCAGCGUAAAGGAGAAGUACAGCACUACGGAUUUCAAGGAAUGGAUGGAAUUCACACCUUAUGAAGUGGGAAUACUAAAAUAUGGAGCUUUUGUUCGGACUGAAGAUUUUGGUAGUGAAUUCUUUAUGGGGCAUCUAAUGAAAAGGCUACCAGAGACUCGGAUCUCUUAUUUGCAAGGCACGUGGAGCAGCAUAUUUUCCUUUAAUCUACUGUAUUUCUGGAAUAUAAGUCACAGUUCCGAGGAUUUUUGGCACAAAUGGACUCAAGAUCAAAUUGUCAAUAUUGAUGAAGAGCCUCAUUUAACUAUUGAUCCCCAUCUCUACACCCCACCUGGACCACUAUCCUGUGCUUUUAGAGAUGUCCUAACAGAUCGCUUAUCAGUUGCCCAAUACCACAAUUUCAUCAAAGGUCUCCAGCUAGACAAUAGUUACCUUGAGAAUGAAAACUUCUGUAGAUGGAAAGACACUGUACUGGACUCUGCUUCACCCAAUCAGUUAACCCAAACAGAAGAAUAUUUGUUUCUGGAAGACACUGGAUUCUUCAUCAACACUAGCUCUGCUCCUCUGCUGAGACCAGAAAGGAAGGUGGAUGUUAUCCUACAUUUAAAUUACAGUGCAGGAUCACAGUCAUGGCCCCUGGAGCAAUCAUGCAACUACUAUGCAGAUCAAGGAAUCCCAUUUCCCAAAGCUGUCCUGAAGGAUGAUGACAAACAUCUGAAGGAAUGCUAUUUAUUUGAAGAUGCUGAGAAUCCAGCAGCACCAAUAUUAUUAUUUUUCCCACAAGUGAAUGAUACUUUUCGCUACUAUAAAGCCCCAGGUGUCAAACGCUCUGAGUCAGAAAUGAAAUAUGGUGAGGUUGACAUCUCCAGUAACAGCACUCCAUACUCAACGUACUCAAUGACAUUCACUGAGGAAGAAUAUGAUCAGCUGAUAGAACUGAGUGAAUACAAUGUUCUAAAUAACCAACAUCUGAUCCUGCAGGCACUGGAUAGGGCAGUAGAACGGAAAAAAAUCCUUAAAAAAUAA